AUGUCGAAGUUUGACUUGAACAUUCAAGAAACGUAUAUCAUUUUGGAAGCAGCUCUUGAGCCAUCUAAAAUGGGAAUUCCGCUCCCUUGGUUAUGGUUCAUGUUCGGCAAAGUAUCGCUACUAUUGCACCAAAUAGCUAAUCCCUACGUAUGUAGUCGUUCCGAUCCUCAGGACCCUAGUUAUAAAACGAUCAAGUGGAGCGGUAUCCAAAACUCAUUGGAAGAAGCACAAUCCGACGUCCUACUCUUGCUCGACUGUUGCUCAUCGGGCACUGCAGAUACAGGGGACGGCUGCGGAACCACAGAGCUUAUUGCUGCUUGCGGUUUCAAUGAUGUUGCAAAUGGCGUCGGAUCUCAUUCAUUCACCUCUGCUCUGAUAACAGAGCUAAAAUUAUUAAUAUCAAAUCCGAAAUUUACUGCAGCUGUGUUGUACAGUAGAAUUCUGUGCCGAGUUCAGAACUGGAUGCCUAAGGGGAGGGAGUUGCAAAAAGCUCCGUUGCAUGUUGUUCUUACCCAGAAUCCAGCGUUGCCAUCCAGCAUACAACUUUCAGUGAAACCGAGGCCAAUCAGUCCGUCACUCGACCCCUCCCAGUCCCCGGGCUCUGCAAGUCCAGCUUCGCGUUCGAGUAAUCAGAUGACUGAUUGCGAUCAAGGAUCCGGUUCAUCACCUAUGUCAAGCCUCCUGUCAGCCGAAGCACAGUUUCCCAGAAUUUUGCUGAGUGUGAGACUCAAGGAAGAUUUGGUGCCGGCCUCAUCUGCUGAUUUGUUUGCCGAUUGGCUUCGCACGAUGCCCAUUAUUGUCGAGUCUUUCAAUGUUGAAGCUGGCUUUCGCAGUUUUUCAACGUUGUUAUUCGUUUCAAUGUCAACACCAAUUUGGGUUUGCUUGGGAAGGGAUGCCGCCAUUAGUCUUGUAGGUAUCAUAAGAAAAGAGACCAAUGCAGAGUCGGGUCCUAUACCGACUUCCUUGCGAGCGCAACUGGCCGAGAGCAAGCUUAUUCGGCCAUUGGAAACAGAACAUCCACCGUCAGUCCCGACAGCUGAUAAGCCCUCCACUUCAGCUUCUCUUGAACAGUCCUCAACGGAAACACUAACUCUUCCCAAACCUGGCGAUCAUUACUCCUUGCUCUCCUCUGAAACCGACACCGCCCCCGUAAUUCCUUCUUCUGUCCAUAUCGACAAAGUGCAAACCCCCUCCGCAAUAUCAGACAUUGCCUUCGCCCCCGAAAUCUCUUUCGAUUAUGAUUAUCCUAUGAAGUCCAGAGCUUUUGGGGAAGCAAUGCGUGUACUCCACAAGAGUCGUGAAGUUAUUGUAAUGGAGGGCCUUGAAAGUGGCUUAUCGGUGAUCGAGGAACCUAACUUGAGACGAAAAUUUGAUGAACUUUCCCGAGCGAUAGAAGUCUUGUACAAGGAGGAAGUAAGAUUAUCAAGAACACAGGAAGUGAAUAAGAAGAUGUGA